AGGUGUCGUGGACGUGGGAAGUGUGAGGGAGAUGGCGGAUGUUGUGGAGUCUGGUGCCAACAGUGUCAGAGGACACCCCAUACCCCGUGCCAGGUGAGCGCCAGUCUGCCCAUACCUUCCACCUAGAGCAGUGAUGAGUGAUUGUCGAGUAGUAGCAGAGUUGUAGGAGAGUGUAUUGCCAGAAGCAUCAACAAGACGUAGCCGACAUAACAGUCUCUUCUCCAAGCUUUGCUCUUCAUUAUAAUUAUUACUGAUAAGCUAAAUGAAACACAUUCGAGUGGUUUAGGGGACGCGAGCAGAGGAAGAGGCUACUGGGAAGAUAACACCAACGCUGACACGCGCACACACACACACACACACACACACACACACACACACACACACACACACACACACACACACACACACACACACACACACACACACACACACACCAAUAACUGUCACACAAAAUAUAAAACACGUACACAAAAACUCAUUUAACAUUAAAGCAGCGCAAAACACAUCCAGUACGGCUCCGGGCUACCAUGGAGGACCCCCACCACAUAGAUGUUAUGUACAACUGGUUCAAGUACAGUGUGUCCAAAGCCCCGCCUCACGUCAUAGAUAAGAAGGAGAAGAGGAAGUGGAAGAUUGAAUAUGUGGAGCCAUAUGGCAGGUGCACCAUCGCCACGCAGGACAUCAAGGAGGGCGAGGUGCUCUUCGUGGACCACCCCGUGGUGACCGGGCCCAAGCAGACCUCCGACGUCAUGUGCCUCGCCUGCUACCGGCGCCUCGGCUCCUGGGACGACUACCAGUGCUCCAAGUGCGGAUGGCCGCUGUGCGGGCCGGAGUGCGAGACGCGAGGCUACCACCCGCUCGAGUGCAACGCCUUCGCCGCCUCAGGCUACACGCCCCGCCAGCAGGACUUCCAGGAGGCCCAGUAUAUGUACGAGGCCAUGCUUCCCCUUAGAUGUUACUGCCUCUCUAAGAUGGAGCCGGACAAGUGGCAGACCCUCAUCGCCAUGGAGAGCCACAAUGACCUCAGACGUGGCACUGAGCUCUGGGAGAGAGAACAGACGAACGUGGUGGACUACCUGGUGCAGAAGGUGAAGGUGCCGGUGGAGGAGGAGGUCCUACACACCAUCACAGGGAUCCUCGACGUCAACUGUCACGAGGUCCGCAGCAACAUUCCAGGUACGAGGGACCAGUACCUGGUGAGGGGGAUCUACCCGCUGUGUGCCAUGAUGUCCCACUUCUGUGUCAACAACACCCACCAUACCCUUAUGGACGACAUGACCAUGGUCGUCAUCGCUUCCACACCCAUCAAGAAGGGCGAGCAGAUGACAGCCACAUACACCCACAUCCUGUCGGCGACGACGGAGCGGAGGAAGCACCUGAGGUAUGGCAAGUUCUUCGACUGCGCAUGUGCCAGGUGCGCAGAUCCCACGGAGCUGGGGACGUACUUCGGGGCCCUGAGGUGCUCCCAGCCCGGGUGUGGCGGGAACAUCCUCUCCACCGACCCGCUCGCUCCCGCCAACGACGCCCCCUGGGCCUGCGACAGGUGUCGCUACAAGGUGUCGGCGGUGACGGUGGAGAGGCUCAACAAGAUGGUGUACAUGGAGCUGCGUCAGGCCGGUGAAGACGACCCCAUCAAGCUGGAGACUAUCUUCAAGAAGUACCAGUACGUCUUACACCCUCAGCACUUCCACCUGGUGGGCAUGAAGCACUCCCUCUCCCAGAUGUACGGUCGCUUGCCUGGCUACCUUCUGCCGGAGCUGACGGAGGCGCACCUCGUGCGUAAGGUGGCCUGCUGCCGGGACCUCCUCCAGGUGCUUGAUGUCCUCGAUCCAGGCAUCACUAGGCUCAGAGGUCUGACGCUGUACGAGCUCCACGCGCCGCUCCUGAUGCAGGCCAACAGAGCCUUCCAGAACAAGGCCAUCACCAAGAGCGACUUCCAGCAGCAGCUGCACGAGGUCGAGGGUUACCUGGAUAGGACCGUCUAUUGCCUCAAGCACGAGCCUCUCUCCUCUUUCGAGGGCGAGAUUUGCAAGAUCGCCAGGAACUCCCUGCAGGAGCUGCGGAAGUGGAUCCAGACGGUGGAGACGCUGCAGGAGUCGCACUUCCUGCCGGAGAAGCAGGAGGUGGUGCUGGGCCAGCUCAGCGAGGAGGACCUCACACUUGAGACACUCCUCAAGAAGUUGGAAGAACAGUAGCAGAUCCGUAGAUAGAUGAAGCCUCGCGCCCACACACACACACACAAGAUAAUCAUCCUUUUCAUACACCUCUAAUACGAGUCCUGUCUGCCCAUGUACGAGGUUUGUCUUCUCGUGGAUUUCAGAUACGACCCCCAGUCCAUUCAUCCCAAUUCACCGAUUAUUGUUGUUGAUUCUUGUAAAGCCUCUCUCUUUUUUCUUUAUGUUUGGCUUAAGGCCUAUCAACUUGUGGAGAGCCAUUAAGGGCUCCACAACAGUUAUACCUGACUAACUAUCAGGUAUACUUUAGUCCUGAACAGUGUCCAAGACUAAGGUAAACUCUGGGUGUAUGUACACCGUGAAGUGGUAUACAGUUCUACACUGUUUAUAUUCCUGUGUUAACGAGUACUCUAGCAAAUUUCCUGUAUCUUGAAUUAUUUCAGCAUUUUGAUUCAAUUUAUUUUUUAAACAUAAGAGCUUGGCAUUAAACUGUUUUGGUACGACUGGAAAUUAUUUAUACUAAAACAAUUAUUUGUAAAUUUAUAAUUUUGUUGUUGAUAUGUUGGAGGUAAGUCGUGGUGCCCAGGUGGGUGGUGGGGGGGAAGGUUUGUACUUCUUGACGCGAAAUAAUCUAACAUAAUCAUAAUCUUAUUUGUCUUAUGCAACAAAUAUGCAGUGCUGUGCUGUUACGGUUCUCAUGGGCGAUUAUGGCAUGUCGUCUGUAACGGGUUCCUCGCUGUGCUGGGGAACCUUGCUGUACUGCGUAAUCUUUCAAUGUUUGGGUGCUGAACCAUGUUGUAAUGUUUUGUUUAAAGAAGCCUAAUAUUUCUUGCCAAGCGUUUCACCCGACAUAUUCCACAUUUUUGUGUUGAUUAUAUGUUUCCUUCCGAAGUAAUUUUAUCUAAUGUGUUUUAUGUUUGUUUCUGAAGUGUUAAGUUGUGUCUUACAUAAGCUGAAGGUGUACUGGUUUUGUAAAUCAGAUUUUUGGUGCUACAACAACUGCUGAUAUGAGAUAAAGCUUGAAACAUAACCGAUUUGUUUUUAAGUUAAAGGAAUUUUAGAUAAUCUUCAUUAUUAUUGUAAGAGUACCAACCUUUGUGCUUUAUUUUUUACAUUAAAGUUUUAACACAUUU